AUGCCUACCCACAAUCCCGGGUUGCUGUUCGUAAACAAGACCUCCAGGUCAAAAUCUCUUACGAACAGCAGAGAUGACAUCGAGGGUCUGCGCGAGAUUCAGCAACAUGCUCAGAAGUCACGCGAUUAUGAGAAGGAGAAAAAGCGGAGGGGAAGGCUGAGAACAUCUAAGCUGCCGAUUGGAUGGGCAUCUAUCUCGUCGGCGUCGACCAGGACCCUCACCGUGGGCCAUCCUCGUGUUCCGGCGGACACACCAGCUAUCAAGAAGGACGACGAAGUCGAGGAAAACCGGAACCUGGUCGACCUCUGUCCCAAAGAGGACGCGAAGCAUGACACACCGAAUGUAACAACCAUCACUCCAUCCGGGGCCACUGUCGAACCAUUCAGUCAAUUCCAGAUUUCGAUGAACACCGAGAAGUACCGCAUCCUGGAGUAUUUUGCCCAGAGGUACUUUCCCGCAGUCACAAGAUUGGAUGUGCCUCAAUUCAUGGGCCGUCCAGAGUCCCGAUCUCCCAACCCGGCGACUCUAUGGGUCCGCAACGCUCUGAUUGACGAGCGGUCUCAUUUUGCUCACCUAGAACUACCGGAACAGUUGGCAGACGCAGCACUCCGCCAUACGAGGCAUUAUCUGGAACAAGGCCGACCCGUCGGCCAGGAGCUGAUACAAACCAUCCUGUGCUUGUGGGCGGUCGAGAGUUACAGGCGGAACUGGGACGGCGUCGAUGGCCACAGGAAAAUGCUCUUGCACCUGACGGACACGUACCUGGGCGGUUUCCAGAACCUUGAGCCUUACACACAACGUAUGCUGUGGUUCGCUGAUCGCUUCCAGGCUGCUGCGACCGUAACACCCCCGGUCAUUGAGGAAAGAUGGGAAACCGAGGAUCUUACACCUCAACAGUACACAAGUGUGAUAACCGCUAUCCGUGAGCAUGGCAGGCGACCAAUGGCAUUGGGAUUCAUCCAAGCACUCAUACCUCACCACGACUGGGCCGUUGGUAGAGGCUGGGCUAUUUCGGACGAGUUGAUCAGUCUCGAGGACGAUCCGCUCCUACAUCCGUCUGUUCGAUGCAGGAGACUCCAGGACUGUAUCAGGCGGGCCUUGAUCGCGUGGCUAGCGUUUGUACCGGCUAGCGCAAAUCAUUCACCCGACCCGCGAGAGAUCAGCUCUCCCGUCGUACGAGCAGCAAUCGACGCAAGACCUUUGCGAGCUCGACUUGCAGGUAUAACAGAAAGCCACAGCGAGCAAUCUCCAUCUCGAUGCGAACAGCUCCUAGUGUUCUGGAUGGCGGCGCUGGGAGCGGUAGCGAGUGAACUGGUGGAAAAUCAAGAAUGGUUUGCGCUUCACUUCCAAGCAUUUGCCCGACAAUUGGAGAUAUACACCUGGGAAGAUUUCAUGCCCAUCAACGAACGGUUUUUGUUGCUGGAGUAUCUGCAGCCGGCAAAUUGCACGAAAUUGACUUGGCUGCUGCAACCGUGGCUAUUUCUAGGUCGUCAGAAACAGUCGACGUUGGAAACUCAAGUUCAACGAUGCUAUGUGGAGAACUCGGUCAUUUCGGUCUGCGACUUCAAUUGCUUCGCUAACGGUACCUGGGCAACUCAACUGGAGCAGAUGUUGCGAACUGCAAUCUCUCGUGCUGAUGGAACUGCACAGAGGAUGCGAUUGUGCUACGUUAGGGAAACUGUGAAUGAACAACUCUCGUGUGGUGUUACGACAAGGCUGAACAACACGGCUGUAACCGUCGAGCAGGGCCGCUUCCGGUCUUCAAUGCCACCGGAACACACAUAUGAGUCAAUGGCAAACUCGGCUCCGACUCCGAUGCCUCGGAACCCCCAGACGCAAUUGUGGACAAGACCUCAUUUCCCCGUUGUCGGAAGAUCUCGGGAGAGGCUAGAAUUGGCCAUAAUUGCUUCCGGGCUUUUCGGCUACGCUUCGGAAUGA